GGAUGAUGAAUGUCAAAAACAUCAUUUUUCAAACCAAAAAGGGAACAAGGAAAGUGUGUGUUAUCUCAGAUUCUUUAUACACAGUUCAUGUACCUAGUCUGAGGUGCAGUCUUGAACAACACUACAAUUGGAGUAAUGUGUGUGUCUGUUUCUCCCAUGACAGCAAAACCCCCUUCAAUAAAUAGGCCUCACCUGUGGUUCUAUGACUCCUCCACACCCUUUUCUUGGCUCGAACACGAAAAAAAACUAGCAGUCACAGGUGAGAUUUGAGGGUGAUUAGCUUAUCUGUUUUAAGGGAUAAGAUAAGAGGAAUCGGAUUAUAGUGUCUCGUGUUUUGUUAGAACAGGAAGGCGGUGGAAAUAAAGCGGGAAUGGAUGAGUUCAGCUCGGAAAUGUCGAGGCCAUGGAGCAUUGGGACAUCAUCAAUGAAUGCUGUUUCUUUUGGCUUUCUAGCCACAGCCAUUCUAAUGUGCCUGUUUCUCAUCAUGGCUAUAUUCGAGCAUCUGUUCAGCUCAGGCCCGAAUUCGUUAUCUUCACCCGAAGACCAGAUGGACAUAAACUUAGAAUCAGGAACCAGACAUAAGCUUGGGACUUCACUAACUGCGUCGAUAUCCCACCCCGUCUUGAUGCCGGGCCAGCAGUACCCAACAUUCAUUGCCCAACCUUCCCCUCUCCCUUGCCAAAGAGAAAGUGCUGAUUGGCCAUCCCAUGAAACAUCAUAGCUUUUAAUAGUAUUU